AUGGAACUUAUGGAAGUGGAGUCCAACCGCACAGAGCAACACCCAGACGAGGAUCAGCAGGUUCAGGACACGGAACCUUUCCCCGCGUUGAUUGACUCAGAGGAACAAAUCAUGACAGACGCGCCAAAUCUCCGUCGUCGAGACCCUGUACAGGCGGCAUCUUCCCCUGACGAGAACUACUGCGAACGCACCCCUGAGCGAGACCGGGUAUUGGAGAAAUUACGGGUCAUCCUUGAUUUGGAGGACGUCCCCGUUCCCUUCUGGGCAUUCUGCCAAGUGGCAGACCUCCAGACUCUCCAAGGGUUGGUGCGCCAAUUCAUCGGGGCCCCAGAUCUUACCCCCCUCGCGUUGCAAAGCUGUUUCGCUGUUCCCCGCUUGUGGGCGCAAAAGGUACCUAGGUUUGCCGAUUACCUAUCAUCUUCGAGCGAGUCAUCCUCUCGCUCCUCGGGACGGUCCAGGAGGUUGCCAGAGUUGGCAAGAGAACGAGACGGUGGCGUGUGUGUCUUGACCAAGACAGCCCUUUGUGACGUCGCUCACAUAUAUGCCCACUGCCUAAUAGAACCCAAAAAGCAAAGCGCCUCGGACAAAUGUGCCCCGAUCAUCUGGACGGUACUGAAGUUAUUUUGGCCCAGCGAAAAGAUCGCACGGUGGAAAGAUACUAUCCUUCCCAACAACGGGCAAGGGGAGGAUGGGCUGCAUAACUUGAUAUGUAUGUCGCCACACUUACAGCGUGCGUGGGCGGAAGGGAGAUUCGCCUUACGGCCUUUGCGUUUGUCUGAUGAUAGGACGGCCAUGGAGUUAGAGUUCCAUUGGUUGCCGGUCAUGGGCCACAGAUACGACGCGGACAUUGCAAUCACGGCGCCGACGCUAUCAACCAGAGGCCUCGACGAGGUUGACAAUUUUUUUUUCUACAAGCCGACAGGAGGACGAACAGGCGAGAAGGUUAUGUCCGGAGCUAUUUUCACUAUCAGAACCCCGGAUCCUCAGCGACUUCCUCUGCCGAGUUUCGACUUACUCGAGAUAGCGUGGCACUUGGCACGUAUUGUUUCAAUGUCUGCAGCGGGCUCCAGAGACGAAGACGGCUUUUCCUUUGAUGACGACGACGAUGCAGGAAACCAUCUCUCGAUGCCUGACAAGCUGAUCGAGGACUGGAUCCCUCCACCCCCGUCACCCUCGUCGUUUGCAUCAGAAAUACGGGGUCCUCACCUCAACCAAUCCGUCGCCCAUCAAAACCCGGACUAG